AUGGGUCGAAGAAAAAAAGAAUUAAAACUUAUAAGCAAUAGAAAAAGGCGGUGUGUGACGUACCAGAAAAGGAAAAAGGGAUUAGAGAAGAAAGCUUAUGAGCUAUCGACGCUUUGCGACGUUAAGGUUUGUCUAAUAAUGUAUGGCCCUAAAGAAAAUACGGAGAAUCAAACCCCAGAGCCCAACAUAUGGCCGGAAAACCCAGAAUUUGUUUCUAGCAUGAUUGGAUCUUAUCAAGAUCAACUCGAAUCUAAUAAGAAAAUUCGAACCCAAGAUCUCUCAACGUUUUAUGAACGUGUGAAGAAGCGCGAUGAAAGGAAGAAUAAUGUUAACGCCGUUAAGUACCCGACAUGGAAUGAGCGUUUAAAUAGGAUGUCGGCUUGUGAGUUGAGUAACGUUAUUAGUGAGUUGGACGUUAAGAUUAAGGCUGCGGAGGAGAGGAUUGAUUUCUUGAAGGGAAAGAGAAUAACGGUUUCCCCGCAAACACCGGAUCUGCCGCCGCCGCCGCUGGUUUCUCGAGGACUGGUCGGAACAAGCAGUUUGCAGAUGGAAAGCAUUCAACAAACCUCGUACAACAUUAAUCCUGCUAUGAUAAAUCAUGAUGGACGUCAUCUGGUGGCGGCAGCGACUGACGUCAGGGUGACGAAGAAUCGGGUAAUGAUGACGAAAGUUGAGCCUAUGCCCAGCAGUUUGCUAUCUUGCGCCCAACCUGCCGCCGUGAUGAGGCCGUACUUGCAGAACCUGCCGGCGGCGACGCUGCCUUACGGUUGUAAUCUCCCGGCGGCCGUUAUUCCGUACGGUCAGUAUCAGUGGAUGCAUUACUCUGAUAAUGUGAUGAGAAGUGGAUACUAUCCCUAA